AUGUCAGACAGAAGACCAGAAAGGUCUUCAAAGAAAGUCAACUAUGCUGUCUUUGGGACAGGAAAUGAUGCUGAUGACUUUGAUGAAGAUUUCAAGGACAGCACUCCACCUCCAGCUAAGAAGGCAAAAACAUCUAAGAUUAAAACAACCAACAAAGAAAACAAUUUAAAGAAACAGGCAAUGAAAAACAAUGAAAAGGAAAACAAUAAAAAAAGGAAGCCUCCCAAUGAUAGGUGCUUUGAUAGGGAGCUACAGCUGGCCCUAGAGAUGUCCAUGCAUGAAUCCCAGGGAUCUACCGAAGGAACUGAUUUGCCUCCUUCUCUCUCUAAUGAAGUUAGUGAACCUUUCAGUAUCACAGCUAGUGUGGAGGCUACAGAUGAACUAAACAAGCUCAGAGUGGAGCCCACUCCCCCUAUCUUACAGCCAAUCACAGCAGAUACACCAAAUCCAGCUGUGGCAGUGAAUGAUGCCGAACCGAAGGACGUGACUACAGCUAAAUCAGUCUUGGUCAAUGGCCAGAUGUUAGACGAUGACAUAGAAGUGUUAGAUUCUGUGUCGGAGGAAGUGCCCAAAAAAAGACGAAGGGGUACAAGCAAAAAACCAGUGGUGGACAGUGACAGUGAAAGCGCAUUUGAUCCAGAUGAAGAUGAUGAUGUGAGUGAUGAGAGUGAUGAAGAUUAUGAUGAGGAGAAUGACAGUGAUUUUGAAGGAUAUGGUAAAAAGAAAAAAGCCAAAGGAAAGAAUGGGAAACCAGUACCAAAGAAACAAACAACUCCAAAAUCAAAAUCUUCAGCCAAAUCCAAAACUAAAGCAGCUCCUGUGACUAAAUCUGUUGCCCCCAGAAGUAAAGUGACUGCUGUCAGGAAGUCUGUGUCUCCGUCCAUUGGUCGCACAAUGUCCAGUCCAGUAAGCCGGAGUUUGGGAGGAAAUGCACCCAAGUGGACACCACCAGGCAUGGCCGGCAGUGGUAAAUCCUCACGAGGUGGCACUAGUGUGAGAUCUCCAGGUUCCUCAUUAGGUGGCGCUGGUACAAAGUCUCCCGGUGUCUCAUUAGGUGUGGGGAGGGUAAAGUCACCUUCAUCAUCACUAGGUGGUGUAACUAUCAAAUCACCACUAUCAGGAUUACGUCUCGGACUUUCACGGCAUCAAAGUGUGAAACCACUUCAUUCAGGGUUCAAAGUUCAACACUGACCAUCAGCACUGCCGAAGGCUGUGUAACAUGUAUCAAUUGUGGAAAU